ACCCGCGGCUCGGGCCCCGCGAUUCUGGUCUCGGAGAAUACAGAAUCGAUUUACAGGGGGCCAGCCAGGCUCAGAUAGUUCCAGGAACCCAACAGCACGUUGAAGGGCUCUGGUGCCGAGCCCUGGUCUGUGGAUACCCAGGCAGACCUGCAGCGCCUAAUGCCAUGAGCGUGGUGGUGCAGCAUGCGGAGGAGAAAGCUGUGCACUCCUGGUCGCGGAUCUCCACAGCUGGGAAGAAGGCCCUGGAGGAGGCGCUGCUGGUGUUUAACCCCAUGAGCCAGGAUCUCAGUGCCACAGAGGCCCAACUUGUGGCCUUUCUGCAGGGCCUGCGCGAUGAUGGCUUCCAACCUACCAUUCUGCGCAGCGGUGACGUCUACGGCUAUAGUUCGUGCACAGCCAGUCCCCCAAGCCAGACGAAGCUGCAAGCUCGUGCCCCCACCGCACCUGCCACGUCACCUCUAGUCAGUGCUCCCCGAACUGCCAUGCGGCUGCCUGCAGGCCGGGCCACACUCCUCCCAAUGGCACUGUCUGGCAGGCUGACCAAAACAGCCACACCCGCCCUUGCCAAGCACGCCACAGCCAAUCUGCUGCUGAGUUCACUGAAGCAGUCAAGUGCUGGCCGCGCCCGCAGCGGAACAGUGGGCUUCCCUGCCCACCUCUACCCAGGUGUCUACCCUGCCAUGCGGCUCUCUGUCGUCCUUGAGGCCCUGGUUCCGCUCAAGACUCCUGUGCCCUGCUUGAGCCCCAAGCACAAGGCCCAGUCCCUGCAGUUCUCACCUGCAGACUCUCCCCUGAAGCUACGUAAAGGCCCAGGCAAGGGGCCACAGAAGCCCCCGCCCAGAGCUCCCAGAACAGCCACAAGCAAGGGCGCCAAAUGUCUGACUCGCAGAGGUCCCAGGGCCAGACCCCAACAAGGCACUGGGCCCCAGGGCAACACCUACAGAGCCACUGGGUCCCUCGGCGGCCUGCAAUUGAAAUGUGGCUCUGUCAAGGGCACAAAAACAGCCCAGGCUAAGGUGUCUCGAACACAGGCCAGAGCUGCCAGGGCUCAGGCCAAGGGCAAGGCCGUGCGGGUCAGGGCCAAGGGCAAGGCCGUGGGGGUCAGGGCCAAGGGCAAGGCCGUGGGGGUCAGGGUCAAGGGCAAGGCCGUGCGGGUCAGGGUCAAGGGCAAGGUGGCUCAGGUCAAGGCCAAGGGCAAGGCUGUGCGGGUCAGGGCCAAGGGCAAGGCUGCCGGGGCCAGGGCCAAGGCGGCUCGGACCCAGCCGAGAGGCAGGGGCAGGCCAAAAGGCUCUGCCCAGGCCAGGACUGCGAGGAGGGGCCAGAAACACCACCCCGAGACCGCAGGGCAGAAGAGGAAAAGGGCUGAGGAGGCCAAGGAUCUUCGUCCCCGGAAGAGAACACAGCUUGGUCCCCGGUCCCCCAAGGCACGGCUAGGGCCUGGAACAGCAAAGCUGCUCAAGUUCCGGGCCGUCAAGGUGGACAGGAGGUGCUCAGACGAUGAGGUGCGGCAGCGCGCCCAGCGGAUCCUCCACGUGGACCUGUCCCCUGUAAUACGGCUCCAGCCGUUGCCGCUACGCUCGGCACCCUGAGUUCUUCAUAGUUUCAUAGUGAUGUUUGGGGAAGCUGUGGCCCAUGGCAACACUGCACAAUGCCUGUGGAUUCCACAGCCCCUAGGACUCUGGUGCCUCCAGGCCCCUGUGAGCCACUGCCCACCAUUCAGAGACUAGGGUGUGGGGUGCUGUGGGUGGGCAGGACGGGUGUUCUCGUGCACGGCGCACUGUGACCUGUACUCCGCUACUUGUAGUCCACUGUUCAUCUAUCACGUUUUAUACCUUUCCACUU